GAGCAAGUAAAAGAAUUCCAAACACUCUGUGUUAACUUUUUUAAGGAUCACCCAGAUGAUAUAAUCGGUGUUCAUUGUACUCAUGGUUUCAAUAGAACUGGUUUCCUGAUAGUCUCAUAUCUAAUUGACGUUGAAUGCUGGGAUUUAGAAUCUGCUGUUGCAACAUUCAGUAUGGCCAGACCACCUGGAAUAUAUAAAGAGCAUUAUUUACACGAGUUAGCCGGACGAUAUGCUGACGGUGACAUUGGCAGUAUUGUCGCUCCUCCAUUACCUGAGUGGUGCUUUGAGGAAGAUGAGGUGGACAGUGGAGGAGAAGGAGGAGGAGGAAAAGGAGAGGAAGGACAAGACAGGAAAGGAAAGAAGAGGAAAAUAGAACAAAACAAUGAUAGUGCACAGUUUGCUGUACCUCUUCAUGGAGUGGAAUUAGUCCUUGGCCCAACACGAGAAGAAGUACAGAUAGCAUGUCAGGAAGCAUUAGACUGGGAAGAGUCUGGGUUUCCUGGCAGUCAGCCGGUCAGUAUGGAUGUACAGAACAUUAGGUUUUUAAAUGAAAAACCAUAUCGUGUUAGCUGGAAAGCUGAUGGAACAAGAUAUAUGCUUUAUAUAAAGGGCAAAGGUCAAAUAUAUUUAAUAGAUCGGGACAAUUCAGUUUUUAAUUCACCAAAUAUUACAUUUUUAUCACGAAAAAGAGAGGGAGAGCACCUCAGAGACUGUGUAGCUGAUUCGGAGCUGGUCCUUGAUAAAGUGGACGGAGUGGUCCGACCUCGCUUGCUGAUAUAUGACAUCAUGAUGUUUGAAGGAAGUAAAGAAGUGGCAAGAUGUGACCAUCAGAGACGAAUGUUGUGCAUUGAGAGAGAAUUGAUAAUGCCAAGAGAAGAAGCUGCAAAAAGAGGUAUUAUUGAUAAAAUCAGGGAGCCAUUUUCUGUCAGAGCAAAGCAGUUUUGGGAUGUCUCAGAAUCAAGAAUGAUUUUAGAGAGCUAUGUGCCAAAGCUUACUCAUGAAAACGAUGGUCUUAUUUAUAAUCCAACAAAUGAACCAUAUAAACCUGGGCAAUGUCAAGAUCUACUGAAAUGGAAGCCUCCAGAACUGAACACUGUAGACUUUCGCUUGAACAUAAUCUCAGAGCAGAAAGUUGGCAUGUUGCAAGAGAAGAAAGCUCAAUUGCUAGUUGGAUCAGGGAGAUACACUGUCCUAUUUAGUUUCCUAGACCUUCACGUGAAUAAAGAGGCCAAAGAACACAAUAAUAAAAUCAUCGAAUGUUCCUUCGUUAAUAAUAUGUGGAAGUUUCUAAGAGUUAGAACCGAUAAAAGUUUUCCGAAUUCUUUUGAAACAGCACGAAGUGUCUGCAUGAGUAUAAGGCAACCAGUAACUAAGCAAUGGCUACUUGAGGUGUGUGAGAAGUAUCGCUGGGGGAUUGAUAAAGGAAGA